CACCAUCCACCCAGCGCCAACCAGCUCCUUUUCUCGCCAGUUGCAGGCGCUCUUUGGUUAAUGUCAGUACUUAUGACUAUCUGCUGUCUUAGGAUCCUCGAAUUCUUCCCUCCGUAAUGUCCAAUACCAACAUUCCAGCUUCUCCCACGGCGCGGGGAAGCUCGCCCAACCCUGGUCGUGACGUACAACGGGCAUAUCAGGGCAGUCCCCAUCGAGUUUCACCCUUCCCAGAAACCCAGAUUGGGCCUCAAGGAGCAAGUAACAGGCAUGGUAAAAAGAGAAAACACCGACACCACAAGCGGCGACGACAUCGACGGCCUUCUUUUGCCCCGGCUACCGUUGAAACUCCACCCGCAGGCUCCCCAAGUAGAGAAGCCGAGGGGAUACCUGAAGAGGGCGAGACUGCGGCCCCGACUGAUACCCGCCGAGCAUCUUUCUACCGGCUGGGCCAGUUAGGAGGGGCCACUUUGAGUGAUACCAGCUUGGAUAGCGAGGCAUUGUUGGAUCAUAGGAACCAACCGAUGAUGCGCACUCGCCGUGAGAGCAGGCUUGCCCAAAGCUCCCGUCCAGAGUAUCCUCCUCUAUCGUCUCUCGCUUCGCCUGACAACCGCUCUCGUCCAAGCGCAGCUCGUCUAGGUGUCAAAACUUCGGACGAAAGCGAACCGGAAUCGGAUGAAGCGGACGAUCGAACCCCUCUCAUCAGGCCUACCUCACUGCACAAUACCAAUUUCGUUCGGUAUGGCACGGAUGCCCGAGAUAUACCUCGACCCUCGAGACGGUCUUCUGGUAGGAGCAUCUCUCACUCGCCGAGGGACGCAUACGAUUCCAAGAGGUCUUAUGAUGUGAACAAUCCACCUUCGAUGCCCGGCAGCCCGAAACCCGGUGCGGAGAUAGCGUAUGACGACUCGCUUAUUACAGGUGAAGAGUACAGUCGCUCGAAAUCUCCGGGAGGCGGGGGUGUGCCCGCCUUUCCGCGAGAUGUGGUCAUCGAUAUGGAAGGCCCCGACAGGGCUGAUCAGAUUGGGUCUGCUCCACCAUCGCCUCCGGUUUCACUUAAGCGACGUCGGACCGUUACUCUUCCCGUUGAAGAAGACGUGUGUUUCCCGACUGGGGCGUUAUCGGACCUUGGCGAAGAGGAGUUUACUCCACAUCCACCGAUAGAAGGGUAUACGGCAACGCCACGACGACGGAGAAGAAGAGUGUGGCCAGACCUCUCGGUUCUGGAGGAAUGGAGCCGGGAAGAAAAGGAAGAGCGAACGGAGGGUAUCCGAGCAAAGAAGAUCAGCGAGCCUGUUCUCAUUGGCGGAAGGCUGCGUACUCGAAAUGCCCCUUGGAGACGUGAAGAGGAAGAAGCACCCUAUCGAUUCACCUAUUUCAACGAGGAAUUUCAAAGCACCAUUCACAGCCAGACCAUCUCUGAGCUUGUGCAGCCCGGUCAGACUUUUAAAGAUUUAUUUUUCCCUGAGCCGCCUGAGCUGGAAUCAGGCGAUGAGGAGGAAGAAGACGAAUUUCGUCCACUUACUUUGAACGGAACUCGAACAAACUCGCUAUCAAUGCCUGGUUACAACGGAAGAAGCGACCGUGACAGUGCGGUGGCUGACUCGAGAGAAGUUAGCCCAAAUCAUGCUCCUGGAUCUUCUCCUACGCAGAAGGAGAAGCGUUAUGGUCCGCGACCGACGUUUUGGCUAGACGUGCUUUGUCCUACGGAUGCGGAAAUGCGUAUAAUUGCCAAAGCAUUCGGAAUACACGCCUUGACCGCGGAAGAUAUAAUGAUGCAGGAGGCACGAGAAAAAGUAGAACUCUUCCGUCAUUACUACUUCAUUAACUACCGGACCUUUGAACAGGAUGUCAAUAGCGAAAACUUCCUUGAGCCUGUGAACAUGUAUGUCAUAGUGUUUCGGGAAGGCCUGCUCAGCUUUCAUUUCUCACAGACACCACAUCCUGCCAAUGUGCGACGCAGGAUUCGCCAACUGAAGGAUUAUUUAAUUUUGAACUCUGACUGGAUCUCUUACGCUAUUAUCGAUGAUAUCACUGAUGUUUUUGGCCCAUUGAUUCAUUCCAUUGAGGAAGAAGUAGAUGACAUUGAUGACACAAUUCUACGAAUGCACUCUGAUUCUAAGGAUCCAAAUGACACGGCUCCGCCGGAAUCUGCCGUUUCUGGAUCUGACAUGCUUCGCCGAGUCGGUGAAUGCCGCAAAAAGGUCAUGGGCCUUUAUCGCCUUUUGGGCAAUAAAGCCGAUGUCAUCAAAGGCUUUGCGAAGCGCUGUAAUGAGCAAUGGGAGGUUGCUCCGAAAUCAGAGAUUGGACUAUAUCUCGGCGAUAUUCAAGACCAUAUUCUAACAAUGACGGGAAAUUUAACACAUUAUGAGACUUUACUCUCGCGGGCUCAUUCGAACUAUCUCGCUCAGAUAAACAUCCGCAUGAACGAACGACAAGAACAGACCGCCGAUGUACUCGGCAAACUCACUGUUCUUGGAACUAUCGUACUUCCUAUGAAUAUCAUAUGCGGCAUGUGGGGAAUGAACGUCAAAGUUCCAGGCCAGGAUGUUGAGAAUCUCCAUUGGUUUUUGUCUAUUACUGCUGGUCUAGUUAUUUUUGCUUUUGUUUGCUUUUACGUGGCAAAACGAGUAUACAGAAUCGUGUGAUUACCCCGCUGGGAGCUAUUUUUAUCACGGCCUCUCCCUCACCGGUGAUUCUUACGAUGCCAUUGACGAAUGUAACGUUUCUGAUGCUAGGAAUUAGUCUCCCUCACCGCCACUAGAGAUAGGCUAGUCGCAUAUUCUAUUUGUAUAGCUAUGUUCUUUUGAAUAUAGGCCAAAUAUCG